CCCCCGCGUCCCCCGGCCUGAAAGUCGAGCGGGUUGCAGCCAAGAUGGCGGCGUACCUGACGCACCGGCAGAAGGUGAUGCGCCUCUACAAGCGAGCCCAGCGGCACCUCGAGUCCUGGUGUAUCUUCCGGGAUAAGUAUCGAUUUUAUGCCUGUCUGCUGAGAGCACGGUUUGAUGAACACAAGGAUGAAAAAGACAUGGUCAAAGCAACCAAGCUGUUGAUGGCCGCUGAAGAAGAAUUUUGGGCAAAUCAGCAUCCUCAGCCGUACAUCUUCCCUGACUCUCCGGGCGGCACAAGCUAUGAGAGAUACGAGUGCUUUAAGUCACCCAACUGGGUCCUAGAGAUGUGGCAUCCAUCAGAGAAAGCAAUGUACCCUGAUUACUUUGCUAAGAGAGAACAAUGGAAGAAGCUGCAGCUGGAAAGUUGGGAUAAAGAGGUUCAGCAGCUUCAGGAAGAAACUCCACCAGGAGGUCCAACUUCAGAACAGCUGCCUCCAGCUCGUAAGGAGGGACACUUACCUCCCCUGUGGUGGCAUUACGUAACUAGACCUCGCAAUUAUCCACUGUAAAAACUCCUUUCUGAAAUGCCGAUAUGCUACCAUAAAAUGGUUUGUGAGCUUUCUGCAGAUGGUUUCCUUGCUUUACUGUACUAAUGAAUACAAUAAAGUUUGAUAUAAAUGAA